AUGGGAAUUAAAAUUGUUAGAUCUCCAGUUGGUAUAUCCCUCAAUCAGCAUAAAUAUGUCCUGAAACUCAUAUCAGAUUCUGGAUUAUCAGCUUGUAAGCUGAAUAUUGUGCCUGUUGAACAAAAUACUAAACUCACCACUCGAGAAUAUGACAAUGGGAUAUCAUCGUUAGAAGUUGAUCCACCUAUAAAAGAUCCCUCACAUUAUCAAAGACUUGUAGGGCGAUUCAUCUACCUUACAAUGAUACGACUAGAUAUCAGCUAUGCGGUUCACAUCCUCAAUCAAAUCAUGCAUGCACCAAAACAAUCCCAUAUGGAUGCAGCAAUGAAGGUUCUUAGAUAUUUGAAAGGAUGUCCUGGCCUAGGACUUCUCUUACCCCGAGAUGAAAACUUGAGUAUUACUGCACGUUGUGACUCAGAUUUGGCUACAUGUCCAAUGACAAGGAAAUCCUUUACCGGUUUAUGUGUUAAACUUGGAGGAUCACUCAUUUCAUGGAAGACAAAGAAGCAGUCAACAACCUUACUUUCAUCAGUAAAAGCUUAA